AUGGAAACAGAGCCAGCUUGUGAAAAACAUGAAGACCCUGCUGUGGAGCCUACAGAAUGUGAAGUAAGAGAGGCCAUUUCUGCACUUGCCCACAGGGAGCGUCACACCGAGCAUCCCUGUGGGCUUGCAGAGGAAGGCGACAAGCUGAAAAGGAAAGAGCAGGUUGAAACACAGAGCUGCACAGGAGAGAGUAAAAGUGUUAACAUGAAAAGGCCCUCUGAUCUUGAGCAAGAAGGCAGAGAGACGGAAUGCAAAAAUUGGAGGAAACUAAAAAAAACAAACAGCUGGAAGAUGGUACGAUUUCAAGACCCCUCAGCAGACAGUGGUGUGUUGGAGAGGGACACCUCAGCAGAGAGUCUUUUUCCGGAAUAUGUGACGGAGGAGUGGACUUCAUCAGUGUUUGAGGAGUUGUUCAUGGCAGAAGACUGGCAUGACAUUACAGAGGACAGGCUGUUGAGGAAGAAUGUGCUGAAGCCUGGAGAUCUGAACGCACUGUGCCCCACCUGGGGACAGGAGGUUACUGUGAAGAUGCAGUGUGUCCUGGAGGACCGCACUGUGGUGGAGAAGGACAGCAAGCUUGUCUUUGUUAUUGGAGAGGGAGAUGUAAACCAGGCCCUGGAGGAGUGUGUCAUGUCCAUGCAGGAAGGCGAGCUCACAUUACUGCUGACACAUUCACAAUAUGCCUAUGGACAUCUGGGAAGAGAGCCUGAUAUUCCAGCCUGGGCUCCUUUACUAUACCACCUGCAGCUUCUGGACAUCAGAGAGAAACCAGACCCAUUAAGUCUACCCAUAGCAGACUGCAUCCGAAUUGGAAACCAGAAACGAGAGCGAGGAAAUUUUCAUUUCCAAAGGGAGGAAUACAGCAUGGCUGCCAGAGCCUAUUGCUUGGCUCUGGAUGUGCUAACCACACGCAGCAGAGAUGGCAGCGGCUUGGAGGCAGAGGAGGACGAGGUGCGGGACUAUCGGGUCAAGUGUUUGAACAACCUGGCCACCACUCAGCUCAAACUGGAGCAGGACAACGAGGCACUGGACACCAGUCGAGAUGUUCUGACCCUCGAUCCAAACAAUGUCAAGGCCCUUUUCAGGACGGGAAAGCUCCUGUCAGACAAGGGCGAAUACAAAGAGGCAAUGGAGGUGCUGAAAAAGGCCCUGAAACUGGAGCCGACCAACAAGGCAAUCCAUGUCGAGUUAUCUAAACUUGUCAAAAGGCAGCCAGGAGGCAAAUAUACCCAGGGAUGGAAAGCAAAACCUGCAGAGAUGCUUGAAGACAAUAUCGGACCUUUUCCUAUGAAGAAACAGUUUGGGAUUUCUUGGAAGUUUAUACUUGGUGCUCUGGCAGUGGCUUUGUGUAGUUUUGUAGCAUCAGUGAUUCUGAUUGCAAGAAACUGAAAUCCUCAUCAUCUGAAGGAGCAGAGUCCAGACUCCGGUUCUCUUUAGUCAAGUCCACAGUGAUACAAGGUAUGCACUACCACCAGAGCCUGAACUAUCCAUCUAUCUAUCUAUGCGCAAGUUUCAUGUGGUUGAAAAUAAGCAUGGUAGUACAGCAUCAGAUUUCUGCUCAUCAAAAAGACAAAAGUCAUCUUUCCAGUUAUGUUGC